GCGGCCGCGGCGCUGGGUGCGCGGCCUCGACCUCCGCAGUGGCGCGGCGCCCGGCCCCGGAUUUCGGAGUCGCCACGCGCGUCCUCUCCCCUGUGCUUCUCGUAGGAGUCGCGGCCCCCGCGGCCCCGCGCCGAGGCGCCUGGGCGGCGGGAUGUCCGUGGUGGGCAUCGACCUCGGCUUCCUCAACUGCUACAUCGCCGUGGCGCGGAGCGGCGGCAUCGAGACCAUCGCCAACGAGUACAGCGACAGGUGCACCCCGGCCUGUAUAUCUUUGGGAUCAAGAACUCGAGCCAUUGGAAAUGCAGCUAAGAGCCAGAUAGUCACAAAUGUAAGAAAUACAAUACAUGGCUUCAAAAAGCUUCAUGGGCGAGCAUUCGAUGAUCCCAUUGUGCAAACUGAAAGAAUCAGGCUUCCCUAUGAACUGCAGAAGAUGCCUAAUGGAAGUGCAGGAGUUAAGGUGCGGUACUUAGAAGAAGAGAGACCUUUUGCAAUUGAGCAAGUUACUGGAAUGCUGUUGGCUAAGCUUAAAGAGACUUCAGAAAAUGCUUUGAAGAAACCAGUGGCUGACUGUGUAAUUUCAAUUCCUAGCUUUUUCACUGAUGCUGAGAGAAGAUCUGUGAUGGCUGCAGCCCAGGUUGCAGGCUUAAAUUGUUUAAGACUGAUGAAUGAAACCACUGCAGUUGCACUAGCAUAUGGAAUUUAUAAACAGGAUCUUCCCCCAUUAGAUGAGAAACCAAGAAAUGUAGUAUUUAUUGAUAUGGGACAUUCUGCCUAUCAGGUUUCGGUUUGUGCUUUUAACAAAGGAAAACUUAAAGUAUUGGCUACUACCUUUGACCCAUAUUUGGGUGGCAGGAACUUUGAUGAGGCUUUAGUAGACUACUUCUGUGACGAGUUCAAGACCAAAUAUAAGAUAAGUGUGAAAGAAAACUCUCGAGCCUUGUUGCGUUUAUAUCAGGAGUGUGAAAAACUGAAGAAGCUAAUGAGUGCAAAUGCAUCAGAUCUUCCUUUGAACAUUGAGUGUUUCAUGAAUGACCUUGAUGUUUCUAGUAAGAUGAACAGGGCUCAAUUUGAACAAUUAUGUGCUUCCCUCUUUGCUAGGGUUGAACCACCAUUAAAAGCAGUAAUGGAACAAGCUAACUUACAAUGUGAAGACAUAAGUAGUAUAGAAAUUGUAGGAGGAGCAACACGAAUUCCUGCAGUGAAGGAACAAAUCACUAAAUUUUUUCUUAAAGACAUAAGUACCACCUUAAAUGCUGAUGAAGCUGUUGCAAGAGGAUGUGCUUUACAGUGUGCCAUUCUCUCACCAGCAUUUAAGGUGCGUGAAUUUUCAAUAACAGACCUUGUUCCCUAUUCAAUCACACUAAGGUGGAAGACAUCUUUCGAAGAUGGAACUGGGGAAUGUGAAGUAUUCUCUAAGAACCACCCUGCCCCAUUCUCAAAAGUCAUUACUUUCCACAAGAAGGAACCAUUUGAACUGGAAGCAUUUUAUACUAAUUUGCAUGAAGUGCCUUAUCCUGACCCCAGAAUUGGGAGCUUCACUAUUCAGAAUGUUUUCCCACAAUCUGAUGGUGAUACUUCCAAAGUAAAGGUUAAAGUUCGUAUUAAUGUCCAUGGAAUCUUCAGUGUGGCUAGUGCAUCAGUAAUUGAAAAGCAAAAUUUGGAAGGAGAUCACAGUGACACUCCUAUGGAAACAGACGCUUCAUUUAAGAAUGAAAACAAAGAUGAUGUGGAUAAAAUGCAAGUUGACCAAGAAGAAAGUGGUCAUCAAAAAUGUCAUGCUGAACAUACCCCAGAAGAGGAAAUUGACCAUACAGGAGCCAAAACAAAGUCAACUUCCUCAGACAAGCAAGACCGAAUAAAUCAAACCAUCAAAAAAGGAAAAGUGAAGAGUAUUGAUCUACCGAUCCAGAGUAGCCUGUACAGACAACUGGCCCAAGACCUUCUCAAUAGCUAUAUUGAAAAUGAGGGGAAGAUGAUAAUGCAAGACAAAUUAGAGAAAGAAAGAAAUGAUGCUAAAAAUGCUGUUGAAGAAUAUGUAUAUGAUUUUAGAGAUAGACUGGGCACUGUUUAUGAAAAAUUCAUCACUCCAGAAGACAUGAGUAAACUGUCUGCAGUGUUAGAAAGCACAGAAAAUUGGCUCUAUGAAGAAGGAGAGGACCAGCCUAAACAAAUUUAUGUGGAUAAGCUCCAAGAACUAAAGAAAUACGGCCAGCCUAUUCAAAUGAAAUACAUGGAACACGAAGAGAGACCAAAGGCUUUAAAUGAGCUGGGAAAAAAGAUUCAACUAGUCAUGAAAGUGAUAGAAGGAUAUAGAAACAAGGAUGAAAGAUAUGAUCAUUUGGAUCCUGGUGAAAUGGAAAAAGUUGAAAAAUUUAUCAGUGAUGCCAUGAGUUGGCUGAAUAGUAAAAUGAAUGCACAGAACAAAUUGAGUCUUACUCAAGAUCCUGUGGUAAAAGUAUCAGAAAUAGUUGCCAAGUCAAAGGAACUGGAUAAUUUCUGUAACCCCAUCAUUUACAAGCCUAAACCAAAAGUGGAAGCUGCUGAAGACAAAACAAAAGCUAACAGUGAACACAAUGGACCAAUGGAUGGACAGAGUGGAACUGAAACUAAACCAGAUACAACAAAAGACAGCUCACAGUAUACUAAAUCUGGAGAGAUGGAAGUGGACUAAGUUUUAAUUUUACCUUACAUGAUUGAAACAGUGCAAAUAACAAAGGGUCUAUCCAUCUUUUACAUCUGGUAUACACAACACAUGUUCAGUUGUUCUUACCUACCUUUUGUCAUUUGUUUUUUGGAGUAGUUUUGAAAAGUGUUCUAUAUGGAGUACACUUCUAUUCAUUUCCAUUGCUGCUUAUGUGAGCUUUAGCUGAAUAUAGACUUACAAGUCAGUUUAAGCUUUCCCAGUAUCAAACAUGCAGGAUUGGUAUGUAAUGAAUGAUAGUCUCCUCUAUUUAAUGCUUCUAUUAGAUAAAGCUCAGUUCCUUUAUUCAGUAAAGGUUACUGUAUUACAUUAUUAGUACAGAAGCACAGGCUUGAUUGCAUUGUUCCCUUGAAAAUACUGAAAUUGUGUCGUGGCUUAAAGCCACCCAGGCACUGAUAUUUUUUCUAGGUAUUUUAUUGUUAUAAUUUAAAUACCGAAACAAGAGGUUUCUUGAUCUCAUUUAUGUAACGUGCAAAUUCAAGUCUUGUCAUCAUAUAAGUGAACUAAAUCACAGGUGGAAAGUGCACAAUUUUAUGUAAAGGUGAUACCAGCAUUUUGCUUUUAUUGGUAAUGUGGAUUGAUGUUUUCUCAGGAUAACUGUCUUUUUCACUUGAAAGUUUUGUUUUACUUGUCUGAAGACCAGCUGCUACUAAACUAAUGCUAGCCUAAUCUUAAUGUUCUAGGGAAAUGCUGUUGACCUACUUGGAUAUGCAUCUGUGAUGUUGAUAACCUUGUUUCCAUUUUAAUAGUUGUCUGUUUUCUUAAUUGAUUUUGUUAGUAAUAUUUUAACAUGGAGUAGGCAGAAAUGGCACAAAAUGCACUGCAUUAUAUAGAUUUAUCAUUGAUUUAAUGUUAUAAAAUACUAUUACAUUAUAAUACUUCAAAAGGAGCAUUUACACCAUGGUCUUAGUAAAUAAUGCUUGUAAUAAACUUAACUGUGUUACUUAGCAGUAGGCAAAAUAUAUAAUGUUAUGUAGUGUAAUAUGAUAUAAUGUGAUUAAAUUAUAGUUCCUGCUGUUAAAUUACCUUUUGAAACUUUG